AAUAGAUAAGGUUCGAUAUAUAACGUGUAAGGUGAUGGGCGGGAGUGUAGUGUCAAAAUGGUGGGCAAAGGUGAAGUUCCGGGGGUGGGACGAGUGUUGGAUGAGGGGAGGUUGAGAGGGAUCGUGUCGCGGGCGCUGGGGGACACCUGGCGGGCCGAGGGGUGUCACCUGCGCGCCGCAGCCGCCGGCCUCACCGGCUUCCUCGGGGACCACUUCCGCGCCACCCUCACCGCCCGCGACUCCACCGGCCGCACCGCAACGCUACACCUCUUCAUCAAAAGUCUACCACUCACCAAUAAAGUCAAAGCCAACUUCAUCGACAACAACGACUACUUUCGCAGGGAGACGCUCAUGUUUCGCUUGUUUGAAGAGCUUGGAGGCGACGAUGGACCAAACCCAUGGCGCCCAAAAGGGUACCUAUACGAUGACACCAUAUUAGUGAUGCCAGACCUCGCCGUGGACGGGUUUGCCCCGCGGCCGUUCUUGGAAACCUUGCAGCUACCAGACGUCCUGCUGACUGCUGCGUCAGUGGCUCGGUUCCAUGCAGCCUUUGCCAAUUAUGCAACUAGAAAAACUGUAAAUCCACUUCGCCCGUAUAACUUCCUUGAAGAGCACGCCGAGGUCUUAAAGGAACCAACAUUCUGCGACUCUCCGUUCCUUCACGCAUGCGCCAGAUUGUCCGCAAACCUAAUCAACAUGUACUCUGCCAAAUACAAAGACACCAUUCAGGACCUCGAGCCCAAGAUAUUCCAGCUGUAUUUGGAAGCGUGCGACACUUUGCGAGACUACGACAGUACAUUGAACGUGAUAAUCCAUAAAGACUUAUGGAUUAACAAUAUAAUGUUCGCUCCUGGGAAGGUUGUGCUCGUGGACUAUCAGUGCGUGCGAUACGGGCCGCCCGCGUUCGACCUGCUUUCGUUCCUCUACCUGACUACGUCCCGAGAAUUCCGCGAAACGCACGAAAAAGAAGUCUUUUUGCACUACUACUCCAUGUUUAUGAAAUCAGUAGACGGUUCUACUCAACAUCGGUUGAAGGAUAUAGGUUAUGACGAGGAGGAGUUCUUGCGAUGGUGCGAGGCUAGUCGGAUGUUCGGGUUGUUCUUCGCGAUCAGCAUCUUCCCGUACGUGUUGAUGGACCCGGGGGCGGCGCAGAGGUACUUCGACGAUCCUGUGACGUAUGAACACUAUUGUAACGUGGACCGCACGGCCCCCGUCACGCAACACGGCCGCGACUGCCGGCCGUACCUCGACAGACAGUUGGUUGCCACUGAGGAGUUCGUUGAGAGAUACCUUCUCAAGAAAGUUGAAUAAGAAACUGUUCUCCAUCUAACUAAAUGCUGCGCAAAUCUGGCAUAGAUGUAACUGAUAGAGAUGAUGACGAAUAUGCCUAGCCAAGUCAAAAAUAUUCGUAGCGUCGCUUAAGCAUAACCCUCGAAAUAAAACGCAUAACCCGUCCGAAUUAAAUAACACCUUGCGUUAAGGACGAUGCGUAACUACGAAGAGUUUCGAUUGGUUCGCAGGUUAUACGUCAACUUUUGUACAAAUAGAAACAUUUUCCACUUGGCUUGGUUAUAUAUUUAGAUAUUUUUUUAUAAGUUUUUUUUAUUGUCUUUACUUGAGAUCGAUCUAGUAUUAUCAGCAAUAACUUACCUAUGUUUUAUGAUCAAUGAUUUUCUGUUAGUAUUAUAGUAGAAUAUGAACAUUAUGAUUCCUCCUCCGUAGAAUAUUCAUGUCUACAUAUAAUUUGUAACGUAAUCGUCGUGAUAUAAUGUUUGUUGUUUUAUACAUAUUUAUAAAUUAGUUCAGUUGUACUCAUUUCACAAUAGUUUGCAAGCAAUCUGUUACAAAUAUAACGUAAUGUAAGUAUUUACAUGGAUCUGAGCAAACUAAACGCAACGCAAGAGAUGCAAUCGUUUCAACAUACCUAGCUAUAUUUCAUCCAAUGCACAUACAAAACAUACACUACAUAAAAGGAGCUCAUCGUGUCACAAACCAACCGUAAAUGGCAGACAUCUACACGCUUCACGCCUGUCCCUAAUGGGGUGGACAGAAGCAUAAAACACCAAAAUACAACUUGCAGCUACCUCAGUUUCAAGUCCUAAGUUGCAUAUUUUAUGCCAAGUAAAAAACUUCCAAUCUUACUUACUGACUUAUAUAGGUCUGGCUACCUGGAUUACUGUCAUAACUAUUAUAAUAGCGUUCUUGGCAAUUACCAGGACGUCAAUACCAUGUUUUGCUGUAAGAUUCUGUUACUUCUGGCUACCCAAUAGCGGUUACGGGCGUGAGUA